GACUGUGAAGAUAUACGGAAUGAAUUACAUUUCAAAUUGCCAACCUAUUCUUUAGAUAUAUUUCAUGGAACUCUAAAAAGUGAGGAAAAAGAAAAUAUAUUAAAAAAAUGGGAGAAUAAUAAAAUUCAAGUAAUAAUAGCAACUACAGCAUUUGGAAUAGGAUUAGAUACCUCAGAUGUUCGUUUAGUACUGCAUUACACAUUUCCAAUAAACUUAAUUGAAUUGAUACAACAAUCAGGAAGAGCUGGACAUAAUGGUAAACAAGCUCAAGACAUAGUAUUCUUUAGUAUGCGAGAUCUAAGAACCAACUAUUGUAUUAUAACGGGAAAUCAAGAAAGCAAUAAUGAAAUAAAUAGUAUAGAUGUUACUUUUGAAAAUUAUCUUCGAGAAAGCUAG